GUGUGUUCGAACGUGUUCAUUUUCUUUCUUGGUGCUCGGAUCGUUCGCAUCGAUCGUGAAUAUGAGCGUGAAAAAUAUUUGGUCGGUCGGUGUUUUUGUACUGGUACUUUUCGUGAUAAUCGGUACGUCCAUCUUGCACGAGAAGAAAGCCAUGAAACGGGAUUACCAGGUAGCUGUCGAGCCGUACGACGUAAUUAAGAACAAGAUGAGGGGAUUGAAGUUGAGAAAAAUUGAAACUACCGAUGGCAAGAAUUCUCGAAUCGACGAUUUCGAAAUUAAGGCAGCGCCAACUUUCAUCAGGAUACCUCCCCAUCGAAUGUGGCACGUGGUGGGGAUACAUUCUCCUCGUGACAGGGAGUAUCGUUCGAUCGUGGAACGUGAAACGGAUAAAGGGAUCGAUGGAGGAAGUUUAUCGUACAAGGGCACAGUGGAAAGAAACGCGACGGAAGUAUCGAAAGACGCGAAGAAAAGCUACAAGAAAUUGAAACUGAUCCGAACUCGGGCUGAUUACAAGAAGGAGUGGAAGAACAAAGAACAAUUGACCUAUUCGAACGGUGAUAAAUCCAUAGGCGUGACGAAGAAAACAAUCGGCCGGCGUCAAGCGAAUUAUUUCGUGAAUACGAGCGAGGAUCGUGUAAUAAACAGGUCGAAGCGUUGCGCGAUGCACGCAAGGAAUUUGAAGGAUCAAGACAAAUCCGAUUAUUACUCGAUGAGGAAAGCGGUUAUGGACAAAUUUUACGCUCGACAGAAAGAGAUAGCGAAGAAGUACGCGAAAAAAGUAACCACCAUUACCACCACUCCCAAAUACAUAUCCUAUAAUUUACGAGAAAAAUUUAACAAAGAUACAUCUUCAGCUAAAAUUGAAACGAAUGAUAUUCAAAAUGUAUCCGCUAAGAUUGAAACGAAUAACGUUCAAAAACUUGAUAAGACGCUCGACGAGGGAAGAGAAAAUUUCGAUGAAAAUGCCAUUUUAAUUUCCACGAUUCCUCCUAUGACAAAGAGGCGAAAACAAGUAAUAGAAACGACAACGAUAUCAAAUGCAUAUCACGAUCAUUUGAACGACAAAGUUGACAGCAAAAGUAACGAAAGUGUUUCGAAAUCAGAGAACAACGAAGAGGACAAUGUUCUGAAAUGGGGUAUUUGCUCGGGUGAAUUAAUAUAUCAGCACAAUUUAAUCAUCAAUACGCAAAAUUCGGUACAAAGUAAUAUGGAUUUAACAACGACGUUGGAGGGUUCACUGUGCGUCACUUGCAUAAGAGUCGUACCAGUGAAGAACAGAAAUACCACUCUGAAUUUCGAUGUAAAUCGUAACAAGGAUGGCAGCAUAAGCUCCUUAAUGUUUAUCGCUAAGGGGUUGACGAAUAUGGAAUUUUUAUACGUAAUAAAGAUCUGGGCCGUGAGAAAGAUAAACGAUCGCUGCGAUCACGUCGAAACAUAAAUCUAUAUAUAUAUAUCUUCUGUAACAUUUUUCCUGUAA